AAUGUGGGUCAAGGAAUAAGGUGCAUCUGUUGAGUCACAGAGUAAAGUGCAUUCGUGAAAGUCAACACAGUAUUCUUGUUGUUGAUUGUGACUUUGGCUUAUCGACACAACUCCACUUCUUCGGCGAAGGCUUGACGUGUGUAACAUCGAGCUAGCGUUUGACAGAAUAUUCAAAAUCCGAAUAAGGGAUCAUGGGCUUUUCAACGACGUCACUGCUGCUUGUCGUCAAUGUUGCAAUCCUCGCUAUCUUCGUCGGUGUCUCCGUCUUUCCUGUUGACGACAAAGGAAUUCUUUCUCCCGAACUGAGAACGACUUAUGACUAUAUAAUAGUUGGGGCAGGGUCCGCAGGGGCUGUUCUAGCGUCCCGUCUGUCCGAGAAUGGUGACGUGACCGUCCUGCUGAUCGAGGCUGGCGGUGAUGACCGGAACCAGAAGACGCUGGAUACUCCUCUGAUGGUAGCCUUAAACCAGAUGGACAAAUUUGACUGGGCCUAUUUGACCGAACCUCAGCAAAAUGCACAUUCAGGACUAAUAGAAAAGAGGGGAGCAUGGCCACGUGGUAGAGUCUUGGGAGGAAGCAGCCAGUUAAACUAUAUGCAGUAUGUCAGAGGGCAUCGUCAUGACUACGACAGCUGGGCAGCCAGUGGCAGUGAGGGGUGGAGUUACGAAGAUGUUCUCCCGUACUUUAAAAAGUCGGAAGACAUACAAAUUGAUAGAUUAAAAAAUUCAGAAUACCAUGGCCGGGGAGGCCCACUGACUGUGACGGAAGUGAACGCAAUACCCGUCGCUGACUUCUUCGUCAAGGCGGGAAUUGAACUCGGGUUCAAGGAAGUAGACUACAACGGCGAAAAUCAGGAAGGAUUUAGUAGAUCUCAGGCUUCAAUCAGGAAUGGCGAACGUAUGAGCACAUCCAAGGCGUUCCUGUGGCCAGUGAUAGACAGACCCAACCUGCACGUCCUGGCCAACAGUCACGUCACGAAGGUAAUGAUAAACAAGAAGAUGGCAGAUGGUGUCGAGUAUGUCAAAGAUGGCCGCCUGUACAGAGUUCGUGCUUCAAGGGAGGUAAUCUUGUCAGCUGGUUCAAUUGGAUCGCCACAGCUGCUGUUGCUGUCAGGGAUCGGGCCAAAGAAACACUUGGAGGAGAUGAAGAUUCCAGUUCACGCUAGUCUCCCAGUUGGUGACAGCUUACAGGAUCACAUGUUCGUCACCAUGGUAUCGAAGAUUCAGAAGCCUAUUUCCCUCACGACAAAGAAGUUAGAGUCAACCCUUACUUCAAUCGAAUAUCGUGCAUUUAAAUCAGGUCUUUUAACCUCAAGCGGCGGUCUGGAAGCCAUGGCGUUUGUGAAGACGAAAUCCGACGAACCAAGUCCAGAUGUUCAGCUUCAAUGUGUUUGUGUUUCAAUGGACAAAAGUCUGGCCCGUCUGUUUAAUAUUGACCAAAAGAUAGUUGCUCAUUUCAACUGGACGUCUGAUGAAGAAGGUUUCACAAUCCUCCCAGCUUUACUCCGUCCAAAGAGCAUGGGGACAAUCCGCCUGAGAAGCACCAACCCGUUUGAGCAUCCUAUCAUCGAGCCCAACUACCUGUCUCAUCCCGAUGACGUCAAGACUUUAGUUAGAGGUGUUCGCAUGGUCCAGAAACUUCAUCAGACAAAAGCAUUCAAGGAAAUAGGAGCCCAGCUUGAAGACACACCCUUCCCGACAUGCAACACUAUGAAGUAUGACACUGAUGAAUACUGGGAGUGUUACAUCCGGGCACUGGCUACAACAAUCUACCAUCCGACCACCACGUGCAAGAUGGGAAAACCAAGCGACCCAACUACAGUGGUGGAUCCUCAACUGAGAGUGAAGGGUAUUUCUGGGCUGCGAGUCGCGGACGCCUCCAUCAUGCCGGCCCUCGUGUCAGGGAACACAAACGCCCCGUGCAUUAUGAUUGGAGAAAAGGCGGCGGACAUCAUCAAAAGCAGCAAAUCUGCACUACUUCGGGGAAGGCUUGACGCGUGUAACAUCGAGCUGCCUGUUUCUUCAAUACGGAUCAUGGGCUUUUCAACGACGUCACUGCUGAUUGUCGUCAAUGUUGCAAUCCUUGCUAUCUUCGUCGGUGUCUCCGUCUUUCCUGUUGACGACAAAGGAAUUCUUUCCCCCGAACUGAGAACGACUUAUGACUAUAUCAUAGUUGGGGCAGGUUCCGCAGGGACUGUUCUUGCGUCCCGUCUGUCCGAGAAUGGUCACGUGACUGUCCUGCUGAUCGAAGCUGGGGGUGAUGACCGGAACCAGAAGACGCUGGAUACUCCUCUGAUGGUAGCCUUGAACCCGAUGGAAACAUUUGACUGGGCCUAUUUUACCGAACCUCAGCAACAUGCACAUUCAGGACUAAUAGAAAAGAGGGGAGCAUGGCCGCGUGGUAGAGUCUUGGGAGGAAGCAGCCAGUUAAACUGUAUGCAGUAUGUCAGAGGGCAUCGCCAUGACUACGACAGCUGGGCAGCCAGUGGCAGUGAGGGGUGGAGUUACGAAGAUGUUCUCCCGUACUUUAAAAAGUCGGAAGACAUACAAAUUGAUAGAUUAAAAAAUUCAGAAUACCAUGGCCGGGGAGGUCCACUGACUGUGACGGAAAUGAACGCAAUACCCGUCGCUGACUACUUCAUCAAGGCGGGAAUGGAACUCGGGUUCAAGGAAAUAGACUACAACGGAGAACACCAGGAAGGAUUUAGUAGAUCGCAGGUUUCAAUUGGUAAUGGCGAACGUAUGAGCACAUCCAAGGCGUUCCUGUGGCCUGUGAUAGACAGACCCAACCUGCACGUCCUCGCCAACAGUCACGUUACGAAGGUAAUGAUAAACAAGAAGACAGCAGUUGGUGUCGAGUAUGUUAAAGAUGGCCGCCUGUACAGAGUUCGUGCAUCAAGGGAGGUAAUCUUGUCAGCUGGUGCAAUUGGAUCGGCACAGCUGCUGUUGCUGUCAGGGAUCGGGCCAAAGAAACACUUGGAGGAGAUGAAGAUUCCAGUUCAAGCUAGCCUCCCAGUUGGUGAAAGCUUACAGGAUCACAUGUUCCUCACCAUGGUGUCGAAAAUUCAGAAGCCUAUUUCCCUCACGAAACAGAAAUUAGAGUCAACCCUUGCUUUAAUCAAAUAUCGUGCAUUGAAAACAGGUCUUUUAACAUCAAGCGGCGGUCUGGAAGCCAUGGCGUUUGUGAAGACGAAAUCCGACGAGCCAAGUCCAGACGUUCAGUUUCACUUUGUCUGUGCUUCAAUGGACAAAAGUCUGGCCCGUCUAUUUAACAUUGACCAAAAGAUAGUUGCUCAUUUCAACUGGACGUAUGUUAAAGAAGGUUUCACAAUCUUCCCAACUUUACUCCGCCCAAAGAGCAUAGGGACAAUCCGCCUGAGAAGCAACAACCCGUUUGAGCAUCCUAUCAUCGAUCCCAACUACCUGUCUCAUCCUGAUGACGCCAAGACUUUAGUUAGAGGUGUUCGCAUCGUCCAGAAACUUCAUCAGACAAAGGCAUUCAAGGAAAUAGGAGCCCAGCUUGAAGACACGCCCUUCCCGACAUGCAACACUAUGAAGUAUGACACUGAUGAAUACUGGGAGUGUUACAUCCGGGCACUUGCUACAACAGUCUACCAUCCGACCACCACGUGCAAGAUGGGGAAACCAAGCGACCCAACUACAGUGGUGGAUCCUCAACUGAGAGUGAAGGGUAUUGCUGGACUGCGAGUCGCGGACGCCUCCAUCAUGCCGGCCCUCGUGUCAGGGAACACAAACGCCCCGUGCAUUAUGAUUGGAGAAAAGGCGGCAGAUAUCAUCAAAAGUAGCAAAUAAGGCUCAGGAUAAUCUUGCUUCCACA